AUGGCCAGAGGACAGCAGAAGAUCCAAUCGCAACAGAAGGCGGCGAAGAGGGCUCAGGACGCCAAACGCCAAGAGGGACACGACCAGAAGAAGGCGGCUCAGGCGGCCCUCACCUUUCAAUGCACUGUUUGCAAAUCUCAGAUGCCUGACCCCAAAACCUAUAAACAGCAUUUCCAGAACAAACACCCGAAGUCAACCCUUCCCGAGGAGCUCAACGAUGUGGUCGCGUAA